GCUCAUUCCUUCUCAUUCAUUUUGCCCAGAAGCUUCCUGCUUCAGAGCCGAAGGUGAUUUGCAGAUUUUAACUUAGAUCUCUAGCAAGUGCUACAAGGAAGAAAAGAUCCUGAAGAAUCAAUCAAGUUUUCCGUGAAGUCAAGUCCAAGUAACACCACUGCCUUAACCACAAGCAGGAGAAAUGAAGCACAGUAUCAACUCGUAUGAAAACGUCAGUGACACAGCAAGAAAUAAUUCCGACUGUCCUCGUGUGGUUUUGCCAGAAGAGAUAUUUUUCACAAUUUCCAUUGUUGGAGUUUUGGAGAAUCUGAUCGUCCUGCUGGCUGUGUUCAAGAAUAAGAAUCUCCAGGCACCCAUGUACUUUUUCAUCUGUAGCUUGGCCAUAUCUGAUAUGCUGGGCAGCCUAUAUAAGAUCUUGGAAAAUAUCCUGAUCAUAUUGAGAAACAUGGGCUAUCUCAAGCCACGUGGCAGUUUCGAAACCACAGCUGAUGACAUCAUCGACUCCCUGUUUGUCCUCUCCCUGCUUGGGUCCAUCUUCAGCCUGUCUGUGAUUGCCGCCGACCGCUACAUCACCGUCUUCCACGCACUGCAGUACCACAGCAUCGUGACCAUGCGCCGCACUGUGGUGGUGCUUGCGGUCAUCUGGGCGCUCUGCACGGCGAGUGGCAUCGCCAUGGUGAUUUUCUCCCAUCACGUGCUCACGGUGAUCACCUUCACGUCACUGUUCCCGCUGAUGCUGGUCUUCAUCCUGUGCCUCUAUGUGCACAUGUUCCUGCUGGCUCGAUCCCACACCAGGAAGAUCUCCACCCUCCCCAGAACCAACAUGAAAGGGGCCAUCACACUGACCAUCCUGCUUGGGGUCUUCAUCUUCUGCUGGGCCCCCUUUGUCCUUCAUGUCCUCUUAAUGACAUUCUGCCCAAGUAACCCCUACUGCGCCUGCUACAUGUCUCUCUUCCAGGUGAACGGCAUGUUGAUCAUGUGCAAUGCCGUCAUUGACCCCUUCAUUUACGCCUUCCGGAGCCCAGAGCUCAGGGACGCAUUCAAAAAGAUGGUCUUCUGCAGCAGUACUGCUAGAAUGACUGAUUCCUGAUUUUAGAAUCCAUGGGAAUAACGUUGCUAAGUGACAGAAUAAUGUGACAUUCCAACAAAUGCCAGUGCUCCUGACUGGCCUUCCUUCCCUAAUGGAUGCAAGGAUGAUCCCACCAGCUAGUGCUUCUAAUAGCUAGGUUCUAUGUGAACAGUCUUACUGUAGGGGCAACUUUUUAACUUUGUAACUGGAGAGAUAAAACAAUGUAGUAAAAGAAGGAUAGAAUACAAAGUAUUAGGUUGGUGCAAAAGUAAUUAAGGUUUCUGCCGUUACUUUCAAUGACCAAAAAUUGCAAUUACUUUUGCACCAACCUAAUAAACACGGCAAUAACAACUCAAGGGCUUUGGGUUAAGGCAAAGGCUUCCUUUCCUGUGGACAUCUAGCAAGCCAGUGCUGGGGUGGAGGCCAUUGCAGCCAAUUUCCAGAAGUUAAAGUACCUGGUCAUGCAACUCCAGGCAGAAGCUGUAGGGUCUUUGUAAGUCAAUAAUACACUGGGAGGAUUACAUUGCUGCAGCUGGAUUUGUCUGUCUCCCACAGCCACGUGGAAUUUCUGCCCUCCUCCUUCUCCCUGUUAGCCUGAUGUAUUGAAGCCACCUCAGUUUCUGAAAGUAGGCUGAGUAUAAACUAUAAAUGUCAACUAACCAGCUUCGAGUUUCCAGUAACAAAUGAACCUCCUCUGUCAGUCUUCUUUGUCACUCAGUAUCCCACUGGCCUUAAAACCCUUUCCUGUUACAUUUCCUUGUGCUUUAUGAGCAUACAUUUCAAAGGAAGAAAUGAAAAUUUAAUCCAUUUAGUUCCUAUGUGGGAAUACAUAAAGGCCACAUGAAAAUUGCCACUAUUUGAAGAAGCUAUAACCAAACUACGUGCAUUUGUUCAAAUGUAGAAGUACAAGACAAGAGCCCCAAUGUGUAUUUUAAGAAACAGAGAGAGACAGAGAGAGAGAGAGAGAGUGUGUGUGUGUGUGUGUGUGUGUGUGUGUGUGUGUGUAUUUUUACCAUGCUUUUGGACUAUGGGGGAAACCAAAACCAAAACAAGACUUCAAGAGACAGUGCUGUUAUUAGAGCCCCAAGCCAAAGACCUGAGGGAAGCAAAACCACCUCCUUCUGCAGACGAGUGUGAAAGCAGACCCGGUCACUGAGAAGUGUCAGCCUCCCACCAGCCAAGACGCCAGCUAUGGUAGAGUGGCAACCCCAGUAGGAAUGAAAGAAACAUAAUUUGCGAGUUCAUUCAUUUUUAACAGCUAAAAAUCAGCUUAAAGGAGAAGCACAUUCUGAUUGUAAGUCCCCGCUAAGUUGGAGGGUGACCUGAAGGGGGUGAAAGGUGAAAGGGACAGAGGAGAGCAGUAGGGCUUCAGAGGACACCAGGCUCAGGGUCUGCAGGGUGGAUGGUAUCUUCCAGAAGAGGCAACGCUUUGCCCUCAGGAGAGUUUCCCAGAGCUGCUGAGGGGAGAAGACAGCCACACGCAGGACCAACUUUUUGGUGAUGGGUUUGAUAUUAGACAUGGCAAGGACAAGAACUUCAGAAGCAAAGGAGGCAGCUGGAGUCAAGUGAGGACAGUGGCAGGCACGCUUCCGCAUGGCCUGUGCCACAGAUGGAGGUGAGAGGUGCACCUGCUUGUCCUCUGCUUUGUGGACAUCCUUCCCUAUUUGAUCCUUCCCCUGCCAAAUGGACUAUGUUACUCUAACACUAACCUGUAUUUAUUAAUAUAUGAGAUAGACAUAAGUUAAUUUUCCAUGAAAUCUAAAGCACAACCCUAGAACUAAUUUUUAAAAGUGUUAUUUCUACCACUGAAAAGUAAUGUAUAGCAUAUUUUAUGUGAUUAAAGUGCAUAUUCUC